GUGGUGGUGAGGUCGAUGGACGCACCGUGGUUGGGCGACCCGCGCGGCAGUCGCGAGCACGUGACGCGCGUCUCCUCGCGAGGCCUUGUGGAUCAACAGCGCCGUUCGAUCUUCAUCUUGCCCGAAAUGCGCACCCAGCACCAAGCCGACGGCUCCACCGUCAAGAGGCAAACUAUCUCCCGGCGCAACUCGUUCCUGGGCCACACGAUCCCAUUCAACAAAGUGGCGCCCGUGGCAUCUUUACUGUCCCCCACAAAGCUCCGCAAAUCCAAAAAGUCGGCCAAACAACGGCGGAAAAUACCGCAAGACUACGACAAGCACUACCGCCACUCGAAAAUCACUGAAGGGACCGCCAAGUUUGAAGAUCAUGCGAACGAGUGGGAAAACUACCAGCUCGGCGGGUUCAUUGGCGUUGUUAACGAAGUGAUCGCCACGAGAAAGAAGGAGAAGGCGCUUGUGACACAGUGGGUGAUCAUGCCCAACAGCUCAUUCCGAAAGGUCUGGGACAUCGUGCUCAUCACGUGCCUCUGCUACGUCGCUGUGUUUUUGCCCAUGCAGCUGUCGUUCUACGCGAAUCUCAUGAACAUUGACAACGUCCAGCCAUGGUUGGGCGUGUACAUUGUCGACCGUGUCACAGAUUGCAUUUUCCUCGUGGACAUCGUCAUCAACUUUCGCAGUCCCGAAGUGUCGCGCAAGGGCGACGUCACGACGUUCAACGCCAACCAAGUCGCGUCUGCGUAUUUACACUCGUGGUUCUCCCUUGACUUGGUGUCUAUCAUUCCGUUCGAUUACAUUUCGCUGUCGUUCGUGACGUCGACAACCACCCCCAGCGGCGUCCACCUGAGUCGCCUUCCACGCCUCCUGCGCAUGUUUCGCCUCACCAAGAUCCUCAAAGUCGUGAACGCUAGCCGCAUCUUUCAGCGCUACGAAUCACACAUUUCCAUCAAGUACGGGUACCUCCGCCUCAUGAAGUUCUCGCUCGCGAUCGUGCUGAUGAUCCAUUGGCUGGCGUGCGCGGCGUUUAUGGCCACGAUCUUUUCAAAGGAACAAGACGACAAUGUCAACACGUGGCUCGAUCAAAUCUACCGAAAUCACCUCCUUGGUGGAACCACAGCCACGUCGUCCAUGGAUGAGUACAUUGCCAGCAUCUACUGGGCCACCAUGACGAUUACAACGAUCGGGUAUGGGGACAUCACAGCCAUGAACACAGUGGAGCGAGGCUUCUUCAUCGUCAUGAUGUUGAUCGGCGCUGGCAUGUAUGCGUAUGUGGUGGGUACCAUGUGUCAGCUCGUCGAAGGCCUCAACGUCGACUCGCUCGACUUUCAGCGCCAAAUGGACCGGGUCAACGAUUUCUUGGACAUGAACGACAUUCCGCUCUCGCUGCGGCUCCGCAUUCGAAAGUACCUCCUGUAUAAGCGCGAUGCGCGCAUCUCCAACAUUUCCGAGCUGCUUUCGUCGGUGAGUCCCACGAUUCGGGACGAAGUCGCGCUGUUCAAAUUUGAGAAAAUCCUCGGCUCCGUCGCGCAAUUUCGUGGGGCCCCGCCCGACGUUUUGGCCGCGCUUGCUCUCAAACUCACCAUGAUGGUGUUUGCCCCCAACGAAAUGAUCACCGUGUUUGGUCGCGUGGGGACGUCCAUGUACAUAAUCAAUCGCGGCCGCGUGCAGAUCGAGCGGAUGGCCAGCGACGGCCGCAUCGUGGUCGUGAGUGUGCUGGAGGAGGGCAGCUACUUUGGCGAGCGGGGGCUGCUGUUCUCGUCCAAGCGCCGGGCGUCCGUCCGGGCGCUGUGCUUUGUCGAAGCCAGCUGCCUCACGAGGAAGGAUCUGGACGACGUCACCACGGACUUUCCCAACGUGAAAAAAGUGAUUCGGAAAAGUAUGGUCAAAGACGUGAUCGCGCGCAGUUUGCAGACAGGCGAGAUUGUCGCGCUGGCCCAAGACAAGGUCUUUGUAAGGAAGCAAAUGCUUCUGCACAAUAAAGUGCACAGUCGACGGGCGAGUACGCAGGACCCGAAAGAUAUGAUUCGGGCGGCGAGGGGGCUCCGAGGGUCCAACGCGUCGUCCUCUGGUGGGUCCUCGUCAGAAGGGGGGCUCAACGCAGACGACGACGAGCCAGAACCACCGGCAGCUCCUUUACAACCUCGACCAAAGUCCAUCCCAUGUACUGGAUCUGUAGCACCGGAGUUAACUUCUGCAUCCAGCCCCUUUGUUUCUGCAGAAGCCGCGGCGACUGCUCCAGAGGUUUGGAUGAAGGGGGGGGCGCCACCUAUGUGUCGGCCUUCGUCAGCAACAAAGCUCGCGUCGGUGCCCCCCGAGGAAGCGCAAACGGCACCUGUGUGUUUGGCGCCACCACCGUCGGUAGGAGUAAGGGACGAACCGCCGGCGCCAUCAAUAUCGUCGGUCUUGACUCGAGAACAGUCGAAUGAACGAUCGACGCAGAGAGCACUGUGGCGAGUACGAACGAAAAGCUCCAAAAAGUUUGCCAAACCCGCCAAGAAACUGUUCCGGGUGGAGCCUGGCUGGGCAGACGACGGCGGCAACGGACGUGGCCUUCAACGACGAAGCCGCAGCAUGACACGGUUACCCACGCUGAAAGACGUGGUUGGACGACAUAGUCGGAGUCUCACGGACUUGGAUGUUGUCAAGUCCAAAUCGGCGCCAGGACAGCCGCAGUUGGAAGGGCACAAUGGGGACACCAACGAUGGUGACAACGACGAUGAUGACGACGAUGUCUCCACAGACGAAGAAGACGAAGUGGACCCGGUCAUCGGCAUCCUCACAGGCCACCAACACAUGCUGGAUGUCAUGAGCAACGCACUGAGCGACUUGAAACGAAAGUCCGACACGACGCAACUCACGCUCCAACUGUUGAUUGCCAAGCUCAACAAGUUGGAAAUGCUCGCGACCACGGCCCAGCAGCAGCAGCUGUCACAACAGUCCGCAUUGAAAGACAACCCUAUUUAAGAUGGAAUAUACACAGGAAACGAGGACAUAGAUAACGC